UAUGUUAAUAUGCAUAAUAUCAAUUAUUACUAUGUAAGAUAAAACGUAUCAACAAUGAUUAGAUCACGGCUGAUUGAUCGACGACCUGACUAAUCAUAGUCCAAAUGAGCACGUUUAAAUAAUAACAAUAAAAUGGAAAUCAAGGAAUUCAAUUUGAAUGUACCUUGGGGUGUCAUAGCAGUAAAAGCAUGGGGAAAUUCAGAUGAUAAACCAGUAUUAGCAGUCCAUGGCAGACAAGACAAUGCUGGUUCAUAUGACAGACUCAUACCAUUAUUGCCAAAAUGCUUUUAUUAUGUUUGCAUAGAUUUGCCAGGACAUGGAAAAUCUUCUCAUUAUCCCAUUGGCAUGAUUCCUGAUUUCUAUGAUUUAUUGCAUUCUGUUAAGAGAGUUGUUGAUAUGCUUGAAUGGAAUGAGUUUAUAUUCAUGGGUCAUAGUUUAGCUGCAAGAUUAGGAUUACAUUUUGCUGCUAUUUACCCAGAGCAAAUUUCCAAACUUAUCAUGCUUGAUGCUAUUGAUUCCGAGAACAUACCGCCAGAUAUGUACAAGUAUUGGUUUAAAAUUCAUCAUCAAGAGUUUAUGAGGGUAGAGAAUCUGAUAAUGUAUGGUACACCGCCUAAAUAUACUUAUGAACAACUAGUAGAUCUAUAUAAAAGAAAUAGAGGUCUCAGUGAAAAAGCAGUUCAUCCUUUGCUUAAGAGAGCAAUUGUACAAAAUUCUGAUGGUACUUUAAAUUUGGGAAUGGAUCAAAGAAUCAAGCAACUACAAUGGCCAGCAAUGGAUAACAAUUACAGAAUGAAAGCACUUGUGCAUAAAAAAGCAUUUCCUCACUUAAUGAUAUUUGCAUCAGAAUCAGUUGAUGCAGGACUAAAGAAGCAACAUGCAAGAUUAUUGAAUGCUCUAAGAAAAAAUAAGCUGUUUGAGGAACAUGUUGUCAAAGGAAAUCAUGAUGUACAUAAUGAUAAUCCCACAGCUGUAGCACCAAUCAUAGAAAAAUUUCUAUUGAGAUUAAAUCAUCGAUUGUAAUAUGUAUAAC